CCGAUUUGCGUGCGCUACGCGGGCGUGAUCCCACGACAGUCGGUGCUGACCCGGCAGCAGGCGCGCACCCUCCAGGCCAUGCUGGUCACCAUCUGGUCGAGGCACAUCGCCCGGUACCACGAGGGGGAGAAGUUGCGCGGCGUGGAGCUCGGCACGAAUGCGGCGCCUGCCCACGAGAAUGGUCACGCGCUGGCCCAGCGACCCGGCGGCAAGCCCGGUGUGUGGUGCCGGAAGUGCGGCAAGUUUGUGGAGAGAUUGCAGCACGUGCGCCUCAAGAUCACGGGCAAGCCGUGCGAGCAGGCGGCCCUGCCGCCAGACCGGUGGCUGACGCAG